AUGGGUCAACGGAGCAAAGUGCUGGACACAGAUGGUCCAACCCCCAAAUUUCUCUAUGCCAUCAUCAAGCAGCUUGACUUGAAGACCAUUGACUGGAAUCGAGUGGCCACGGAGCUUGGAGUCUCAAAUGGCCAUGCAGCCCGAAUGCGAUACUCAAGAUUCCGGUCACAAAUGGACGGACCGUCUCCAAGGUCCAUCAAAAGAAAAAACGCAAAGAAAUCUGGCAAAGGAGAAAAGGGAGAAGCUACUCCUGCGAAAGGCAAAAGGUCCUCAUCCAUGAUGCCCUCAGUCCCCCCGGAUUUAUUACCGAAAGCGGAGCCUAUGGAGCUGUCAAUCUCACCUUCUCACUUCAACUUCAAUCCCUUUGUCAAAUACGAACCUGGCAGUCAGCCCCCUACCGAGCCUCAGCCUCUUUCUGAAAACACCGAAGGCUCUUAUCCGGGUCUGUCACAGAUGAUGCCACCACACUGUAUCCACAUGCCAGCUCAGCCAUUUCAGUAUGUCUCAAGUGGCAUUCCGUUCCCCUUGACAUCUGGGUCCUCGCCCUCGAUGUCUCUAUCGAGUGUGUCGCCGUUUCAGAGCAUCUACAAUCCAUUUCAUAUGCCCCAAGAGAUAAGCAUGCAAGACUUUCAUUCGCAGCUCUCCGCUAGUCCCUCCAAUACCCAAGCCUGCACCUGGGAUGCCACAACACAGCUGGGGAGAGAAUCGAUCCCAAUACCAGUGAAAAUCAAGGAUGAGCCCGACAACCACGGGAGUUGUGUGAUUCAGAUUGAAAGAACCCAGGAGAUUAACUCUUGA